AUGGGCGACAAGAUAGAGGACCUCCCCGCGUCGGAGCACGUCCACGACCAUGAUAUCCUCGACGAGAAGGCCAUCGCCGAGACGGCCGACCACCUGCGCAAGCUCACGCCAGAAGAGCUUGCCAUCGAGAAGAAGCUCAGGAAAAAGAUCGACGUCCUGAUCAUGCCCCUUUGCGUCCUGGUCUAUCUCAUGAACUACAUCGACCGAAACAACUAUGCCGCGGCUCGACUCCAGGGUCUCGAAGAGGAUCUGAGCAUGACAGACGAGCAAUAUCAGAUUGGCCUUUCCACACUAUUCGUCGGCUACGUCCUGAUGCAGGUUCCCUCGAACGCCAUGCUGAACUAUGCCGGGCGCCCGUCUUGGUACAUUGGCUUCUUCGUCUGUGUCUGGGGCUUGGUGUCGCUCCUGACCAGUCAGGUCAAGACCGCGGGGCAGAUCAUUGCUACCCGGUUCAUCCUUGGCUUCGUUGAAGCUCCCUUCUUCCCUGGCAUCCUGUUUUACCUUUCCAAAUGGUACACAAAGGAGGAACUUUCCCUGCGCAUGGCCAUCUUCUACUCGGGCUCCCUAAUCUCAGGUGCUUUUGGAAACCUGAUCGCUGCAGGUAUCUUGAGCGGCCUAGCAGGAGCACGCGGAUACUCGGCCUGGCAAUGGCUGUACAUUAUGGAGGGUGCCAUCACGAUAUUCUUCGGAAUCCUCGUCAUCAUAAUCCUGCCCGACUUUCCGGAUACCUGGAAAAAGCUGACCGAGGAUGAGAGACGAGUCGCAACCCGCCGACUGGCCAUUGAAGCCUCCGAGGCCGACGUCGACGAGGCCGGUGGAAUGUCGCAGCUCCGGGGCAUCAAGUUGGCAUUGACAGAUCCCAAGACAUACCUCCUCGCCUUGGCCUACCACGGCCAGACAGGUGCUGCUGGAAUCCAGAACUACUUCCCGACUCUUACCCAGACCGUCGUUUCGGAUCGCAUCCACGCCCUGCUACUCUGCGCCCCGCCGUACAUCUUCAUGGUCAUCUACUCAUUCAUUCACUGCCGAAUUUCAGACAAGUUAGCCAAGAGGUUUUGGUUCUUUGUCUACCCAAUUCCAAUCACGAUUGUGGGCUUCAUCGUUUUCAUGACGGUCGACAACUUCGGCGCUCGAUACUUCUCCCUGUUCCUGCAGAUCUUCGUGUUCGCCCUGAACGGAAUCAUCUACGCAUGGAUAUCCUCCUCGAUCCCUCGCCCGCCCGCGAAGCGCGCCGCCGCCCUGGCCUUCAUCAACUCGGUGGGCAACGCCGCCUCGAUCUGGACGCCUUUCACAUACAAGACCAAGGAUGCGCCCCACUACAGGCCGGCCCUGGGAAUCUGCAUAGGCCUCCAGGUCCUCGCCGCCGUCUGUGCGGUCGCGCUGAAGAUCCUUCUCGAGAAGCAGAAUGCCCAGCUCGCGAGGAUGGAGAACUCCGACGCGCAGCUCACCGAGCGCGAUAUGAAGAAACUCGAGAAGACUGCACAGGUUGAGGGUGUCACUGUUGCUGAGGCGAGGGCUUUGCAGAAGGGUUACCGCUAUGUUAUUUAA